AUGGGAUGCAUCAAAUCCAAGGCUGCCUUUCAAGGGUCAAACGCUAUCCAGGAUGAAAGGAUUGGGGAAGGCAAUGGAGCAUGCACUGGGGAGAAGUCCUCACUGAUAGCAGUGAAGGUGGAUGAGAGAGGUCCCUCGAGCACUCUGGUGCUGGACUAUGCGCACAGGCUGUCCCGGGAGAUCCUGGACCAGGCAGUGAAGCAGUGGGCAGUGACUGAGAGCAAGUACAGCGACAUCCCCUUCAUCGAGAGCGAUGUGCCCUGA